CACACACCCCGGCCCGCGUCCCUGCCCCUCGCGUGCACGCGCAGCAGAGCCGGCGGGUGCGCGCACAGGGACACCCCCCCGCAGGACUUGGGAAUAGGGGCGGCGGCUGCAGAGGUGAGCGGGCGUUUAUUGUGAAGUCUAAGUCAAAUUUGCAUGGAUUUGGAGGUUAAAGGAGUUGCUGCAUCUCCUAGACGGCAAGCUGAGCUGUCAUCAAGGGGGAAGAAACUUAGUCAGGGAUGGAAACCAAAUAUACAAGCAACUCAUGGCCUUCGUCCAGCUGAGGUGCCAUGCCUUGAUUUGGGCAAGCUGGGAUCUUCAGAUGAAGAGGAUGGUGAUUCUUACAUACCAUACAGGAAGAGGUUUCCUCGCAUUGGCCCUCCAGAUUCAACUUCAACUAUUAGUUGGGGUACACCAAUACAGACUCCGUAUGCACAGCAUCAUCAGACACAAGAAAUGGCUAGAAAACAUUGUCAGAAGAAAACGGAGCUUUCUUUGGAGCAAAAGACAAUACCGGAAAAUCUGCCAUCCCCAACAGACAAAUACAAACUAAAAUAUCAGCAGUAUGAAGCAGAAAUGAAAGAGGGAUAUAAACAGUAUUCUCAGAGAACUGCAGAAAAGAAAAAAAACAGUGCCCAGUCUCAGGAAUCUUCAAGAAAAACAGCAGAUAAAGAGGAGCCACAGCUUGAAGACAGGACUGAUCAUGAUCUUACGGCUCUUGAUGAGAAAGCCCUUUUGCAGCAAUGCUAUACAAGCAAGCCCUACACAAUGCAGCACAGCAUAAGGAAGUUAGAAGCUGAGGAUGUAGCUGCAGAGAGGAGAAAGCAAACUGUAGUAGAGCAAGUGAUGGUGGAUCAGUUAUCUAGGGCUGUAAUAAGUGACCCAGAGCAAAGUACAAAUAUUGGUACUUACCAGAGGGAUUGGACCUUUGCAGGUCUUGAGACAGCACCAUUGCGCUUUAGAAAAAGAACAUUACAUGAAACAAAAAUAAGGACCAGAUCAGCAUUAACUGAAAAUGUGCUUUCUAAUAAGUUACGCUUUGAUGGCAGAAUUAUAUCAAGGAAUGGGCGUGAUGCUUGCAGAGAGCUGAUUGGAUUCUUUUUUAUGUAUGACAGAUCUCUUACUGUAUAUGAAUAUCGACAAUUUGGAAAAAAUAGAACAAAUGCCUUACCUUUCAUUCAGAAAGGAGUUUAUAGUCAUCAGCGUGGACAAAGAAAAGGACAACAAUAUGAUCUUAGUGACUUUUAUGUUGGUGCUAACCUGACUUUUCUGAGUUGCAAUCUUAGCCUUCCAGAAAGCAUUAAACAGAACCCAAUACUUACCCUUCGUGUCACAAAUAUUGAUGAAGCUGCAAUUGACAUUCUAAAAGCUACUUCUGUGGGAAUCAAGCAAGACAUUACCCAGCAAGAGAUUGAUGAGAGCAGAGUUUUCAGGGUUGUUCAAGGUAUACUUAAAGAGAAGCUAAAUAAAAGGGGAGUUCGUGUUGUAACAGGAUUAGGAAAAUACUUCCGAGAACGGGAUCAGAAGAGGGAUGGAGCUCUCUCUAAGGCAGUCUUUAAACAAGCUCUAACAGUAUUUCAUUUAGAAGUGCCUGAAAAGGAUUUUGAGUCUUUGUGGCUUAUUCUUGAUGACAACUGUAAUGAUAAAGUCGAUUAUGGGGAGUUCACUCGUGCCAUUAUUGGGGAAAUGAAUGAGUAUCGAAAAGCAUUUGUUAGAAAAGCUUAUAUGAAACUUGAUUUCAACAAAACUGGCAGUGUACCUAUGGUAGAUAUCAGAAAGUGUUAUUGUGCCAAGAAACACUCUCGAGUGUUAUCAGGUGAUGUCACAGAGGAAGAAAUUAAAUCUUCAUUUCUGGAAACACUAGAGGAUGCCUGCAGCAAUUCCAAUGAAGUGUCAUACUGUGAGUUUGAAGAUUACUAUGAAGGAUUAAGUAUUGGAAUCACGGAUGAUGAAGAUUUUGUUAAUAUUUUAAGGAAUGCUUGGGGAAUUUAGAACUGAAGAAUAUAUAGAAUGUCAUAAAAACCCCACUCCAAAUGUAGAGUAAAUUAAGUGAGGAUUUAUUCUUGACACGAGUUACUUUUUGAAUGAAUAUUUCAAAUUUAUUUAAUAGUUUGAAAAUAUUUGAGAGUAAAUUUUCAGAAUGUAUAUAAGUUAUGCAUAAAGCUCCCUUUAACAUUUCUUUUAUGUAAAUUUUGUGUUUUAUUAAACUGUAAAAUUUGUAGUAGCUUUAUGCACUUCCAUCUGGCAGUAGGAUCAUUUGUCUCAUUAAAAUAGUAUAGCUUAUUUUAAAAACAGUAAUUUGGAAUACAAACAUAGGUGAAAGAAUACAUGCAAGAGAAAACUUACUAUGCAUCAUAAGUACCAGUUGUAUGAUGUAUUGUUGAGAAGCUUUAGAUUUGACUAUAUAUAUUAUAUAUGCACACACUGUUUUUUCUCUAAAAUGUGUUGCUCAUAAAAGAGCACAUUUGUUUUAUGAAAUCUGUAAGGCCAGAUACUGCUUGGCUCUUACGUUGAUGAGAAGGAUGCAAGUCAUCUCUCUCAUCUCCCCCGAGUUGGGGAGAGAUCCACAAUACUAAAAAUGCAUAGAAAAUUAAGAACAUUGCAUACCUCCUUAACGUUCUAAUUUUCAGAGCAAAAUACAGCUUGUUCUGAAUAUAUUUACUGAUCUUCGUCAGACGCAAUAGAUUGAACCACAGGUUCUCCAAAGAUUUUAAUGAGAUGCUUUUGACUAGAGUUUGGAUAUAGUAUGCAUACUUGUCUUUAGGUUGUAGAAAUGUGUUCCAGGGCUUGUAAUGUACUUCAGGCCUUACAACCUGUUGCUGAAUUGUUUUUUACAAACAAAUAAUAGAUUUACUCUUUCUAGAUGUGUGACUUGCAUACUUUCUGCUGCUAUGAUCAUUAUCUUUGGUGGAACCUUAACGGUAAACUCCUUAAUCCAAACUGAUAGGUUUUUUCUUUUUUUUCUUUUCUUUUUUUUAAUCUUUUUAAGAAAGCAGCAAUCACAACUAUAAACAUUAAAUUUCCAGUCCACAUCUGGCUCAAAUUUUCCUUACUACUGUAAAUAUUUAAUCAGUUGUGCCUUUUAAUAAAAUAUGUUUUGUGAAUCCUGAUUCAUUGUAUUAAAAAAUUGAAAAUGCCUUAUUGAUUUUUUCUUAUUAUAUUUCAUAUUAAUCUUGGUGAAAGAUACCUUUAACACUAGGGCCAAUUUGGAAUCAGACUGUAUAGGUUCAAUCUUGUGCUGUUAAAAUGUAGUUUGCCUUGUACUUGUCUGAUUGCAUUGUGAUUUAUGAUCUGUCUUGUGUUCUGGGAUAACACAAGUUUCCUCUGUCAGACAAAACUUGUUGCUCACAGGAAUUUGAGGACAACCUUGAGAUUUGUUGGACUUUAGUCACCCUCUUUGUCAGGCUUGUUUAUUCUAUCUGUAUUACCUUUUCCUUUACCUUUUUUUUUUUAACUCAUGCCCCCUUGCCUUCUGAUUGUUAGUUUCUUGUAGCCAUUGCUCAUUUUGAACCCUUGCUCAUUUUUAACAUCUCUUCCUGCUGUAUUUACUAUUUUUGUAUUUAACUUUCCGUUUUCAUAUGUUCUGUUCCUGAUUUUUGUUUAUUUUAACCAUUUCCUAUUUAAUCAUGUCUUACGUACCUUAUGUUUACCUCUUAUAACUCUUAUGUAAUUGUCCCU